AGAGGAGGGGAGAGCUAAAAAAGUUCAUCGCAAGGUAGAGCCGUGGUGUCUGAAUUGGUCUCUGCUCGGGGUGUCUGUGAAAAUCAUGUUUUACUAAAUCAUGAAUUCCACUCGAUGGAGCUGAUUGGUUGGAACAAUCAGCACGCCCCCUCCCCAUAACUCUGCCAUGAGGGACGAUGAUUGUGAGGUAGAUCAAGAGCAUCCAGUAGCCUGUAGAUGCCUUUUUCCCGUGGUGUACGUGUGUUCCGUACAGUACCCAUUAAUUAAAUGGUAGUGCCCAGGUGGCCAGGAGAAUGAAGUGACAUCGAGUGGUAAAGGUAAAAUUGAUAAGACAAAAGUUAACAACAUGGAUCCAUUGAUCGAGUGCCCGGUGUGUACUCUGUACCUCCGUUCCGGGAUGAACCUUUCGGUGCACCUCGAUACGCACCCCAAGGAGAGUGUAAUUAAGGCACUGGUAGCCCUGGCUCAGAAGCGUACAACUCCGUCGUCGGUCACCCCACAACACAACACCGGAGGAGAAACCAGCGUUACAGGAGGAGGUGGCGCUAUUCUAGGAUCUACCGACAUAUUUUCUUACCUUGUGCUCGGUGGCAGCGGCGCUGCUACUACUGCCACUGCCACGGCGGAAGGUGGCAUGAAUAAUUUGCUCGCUGAAUCCGGGAACAAAGUUGGUCGUAUUGCUCCUGCGGUAGGCCAGCAGCAGGCGGAUGCACUGAGCCUGAACAUCACGGGCCGUGCUCAAAAUCAUACCCCACCGAACGCCAUCAUGUACGAUGGAUCGACGACGGUCGCUUAUACAGAUGCGCCAGUAGCAGCGACUGGUCUAAGCACAGCCGUCCUUUCUGCUUCAUCCACGCAACCUUUGGUUUCCACGGUUGGGCCUUCCACUACCAACGGGAUCGGUACGCUGGCUCCCAACCACACAAUUGCACUGAUGAACACGUGCGAAGUAAGCGGUGUGACCACGUUGAGCCACUACCCAGCGAACAGUGUGACGAUACUGAAGCGCGAAUACCUUCAGCAGCAAAGUAAUCCGUUAGGAGGUGCCAACACGCUGGGCGCCAGUUUUCUGCCCACAGUCGAGUCAUUAGAGCAUGGCAACACCAGCUCCUCCACCGCUUGCGUUGCUGGUCCAGCCUCAACGGUUGUUGGGCGUGCGCCUGGUGGCAACAACGCAAUCUCCAUUUACCCACGCUACACGAACGAGCUAUAUUCGGGGCCACCACCACCUUAUAGUACGGCGAUCUCCUCCUCCGUUGCCACCAAUACACAAAUAGUGCCACAGGCGGUGGUAGCGGAUCCUGCUACAUCUGGCCCGGGCCUUGCUGGAAAGCUUACCAUCAUCAGCAGAAGCAAGACUGGCGCCUAUACGAUCGACUUAAAAAACAACAAUCUCGGUAGCUUAAGCAACAACGACGGUAGCUCUACCACCACCCAUCAGCUGGCUACUUACAACACACUCGUACCUUUCUCGGCAAUUGAAGCCCCGACAACCACAUCGACGGUUUGCAGUGUCGCCAAUGUGUCAAUGUCGGCCGGUUCAACGUCGGCCGCUUUCCGAUCUCUGUCACUAGCGCACCAACAGCUUCGCCCGGAAGCACACUACACCGAGCGAGAGGACGGGAGUUUUGUUGUGUUCGAGAGCCCAAAGAAAAUCGUGGAGUAUCGAGAAAAUGAAGCUGGUGAAUUGACGCUGUUCGAGAAGAUCGUCAAAUCACCACCCUGGACGGCGCAGGUUGACCAACCGAAACCGAUGCUGGGCGGCGUUGGUACCCUACAGCAGCGUCAUCCGGCGCAAUCCAACGACUACCUUCCAGCUCAGUCUCAAUACCACCAACCGGCUGCUCAUGAGAGUCAUGAGCAGCUGCAGCUUGGUGAUCGCAAGCACUCCGAGCGGUCCGGAGAAGUGGUACGACCGGAAGGAAGCGGUAUAGCACCAUCCACCACUGUCCCUUCCUAUGGUGUUCAACCGAUGCCAACGUUCCAGCUGCUAGUGGCUAGCUCGACUGCACCCAAUGCAUCCUCCACACCGGCACUAGCGCCAUCCUCAUCGAUGGCCGGUACGGUUACAGCUACGGUAAAUAAUGCGGCGACAUCGGACGUUAUUACGGCAGUCACAGGAUGCGCCAGUUCAAGUACCGCACCACCCACACCUUCCUCCUGCGUUGCUAAUCCCAUCCAGCCAGUGCUGAUACGCAAACGAAACGCCAGUGGAUUGAAAGUACUAAGCAACGUCAAAGUGACCACCGAUCUCUCCCAGGGUAUUAAGGACAUAAUCUUGAACCUCAAUUCACGCAAUGGGAGCGGUCGCACCAACGCGAUUAUUGCCGCAUCGUCGUCGCUGAGUGGAUCGACGAGCAUGGUCCGUGGCCAGUGUAGUCGGCGUUCGGUUGGCGAGGAACGGCCCGUUGUAUCCCGUGGAAACGAAUUGAUCAUACCACCAGCCAAAGGUCCAGCGAAUACUAGCAAUAAUAACAGCAGCAGUCUCAGCAGCAACAUUAACAUAGCUAGCGUGCAGGGUAUCCAUGCCAACAGCAUCAAUGAGCGGCAACAGGAGUUGCAAGUGAUUGAUGAGGUGGAGGAGGUGCUGGCUGAAGAUGAUUUACUAGAACCGGAAGAACUGGACGAUGACGACGAUGAUGAUUUAGAGGAAAAUGAAGAUGCAGAUGAUGAAGAGGACGACGAAGAGGAUACUGGCAAUGCAUCAACGGCUGUGGAUUUGGAAGGCUCGUUGGUUAAACCUACGCUCAAGAACUGUUUUAUGGGCCAGGUAAUUAAUGCAAGUGCGUCAACGUCAUCAGCUAACACCGUCGCUGCAGUAGUGACAAGCGUCAUCCGCAUGACUUCAAACCCUUCGCCACCUGUGUGUUCACAGGCGGCAACGAGUAGAAACAGCCAAUCAGACUUAGCGUCGGGUGAGGUGAUUCCACUAUCCGAACAAACCGACAUCAAACCGACAGUCCCACAGCGCGACGACGGAGACGAAUAUGCAAAUACUGCACUAGUUGGCGUGAAAAGUUCCUGCAACGAUGAACGAAAACUGAUAUUUCUUCCCGUUGAAGGGGCACACGCGAAACCAUUAUCGACGGCGACCGGUAGCAGCAGUAGCAAUGGUACACUGGUUACGGCAACGGCUUGCUCAAGCCGGGCAUCGCCAGAUGGCGGAAAGCAUUCGAAUCAGACUCAACCGUCUACUACGUCUGCCGCAUGCUCUAAGCAACGUCCAGUCACAUGGACCAUCGGUGGGUACACCAACACCAACCGCCACGUCGCCAACAGCAAGCAGGCUCCCCUGUUUCGUGCUCCUAAAAAGCUGGCGGUCAAAUUAAUCCGUCCCCUUCCGUCGUUAGCUAGUAAAGGUGACAAUGGUAGUGGCGUUGGUGAAGUUCAAUGUUCCGUCACCGCUGACGGGCAAUGUCACGCUGGAAUGGCUGCGAAAGGUGUCUCUUCAAACUCCGCCUCCCUGAUACUAACUCCAUUGACGCCAGGUACCUCCGAACGGGCCCCAUUGCGGGCCAAUCCAAUUCCGAAUAGUAUUACCGUCGUGAUUCAAAAGACUGAGCACCACCGCUUAUCGGGAGUAGAUCUGCCAUCACGUAGCAAUGCUGCCGGCGAUGACAGCGGUACAUUCCGAGUGCUGCAAUGCGAGGACAGUACCGCUACAUUGCCCACUGAUCAUCCACCACCAGUGUGUCCUGCAGGUAGUCAAGUCCAGCACCAAUUGCUCCACAUCAAGCAGGAACGUCCCUUGGUGGAAACAGAGCCAAAGAGCAGAUCGCCACAAGCGACUCCGCCAUCGCCUAUACGGGCAUCCUCACUCAUCUGUUCCGAGAUUUCGCCACAUGAUUCCUCCAUCGACAUCGGCAAGCAACGCCAGCUCGUCGUACAUCAGGUGGCGCUGACGAAACGAAAAGACGAAACGUUGCAUUCGAAGCCAACGACCACCCACCAUUUAACGCCGCCAGUCUCAUCCGACGUCAAUGUCGACGUUUACAACCUGACGUUUAUUGGCAAUGCGGGUCAUACCGUGUGUGAACCGAUCUUGCAGAAGAAAGAACCGCACGAAGAGCACGAAGCUCAUGAUGCAAUCCACAAGAAGGAGGACAGGGUACCGGUUGCUAUCGAACCAGAGAAGGAAGAAGAAGACGAGGAGAUGGUGGAUGGGAGUAAUGAAGCGCGUCUCAUUCGCCAAGAAAGUAAAGCGUCGGUGGCAGAACUGAUACGCGCUGCACGGCAACAGUUCGGUUGCGCAGGUGGAAGCAACGAUCGGAGCUGGCAAAUGAAGGUACAGUCUGGUGCAGAUGGAUUCACCGUAAGUCCUGUGAUGGUAGGUGAUCUACAGCAACAGGAGGACGAGGACGAAGACGAAGACAUGCGCAGUAGCAGCGGCGGAGAGAUCGACGAAAAUGACAUGAAGCACAUUCCUCUCGAGAAGCCGCAUUUUUACGAUAUAGAUGCGGAUGCUGGUAAUGAGCCGCCGCGCCAAACCGAUUUGGAAGAGGACAGUAAGAAAGAGCUCGUACUGCUGGUUGAACCGACUAACACGAUACCGAAAACAGAAGGUACAUGGGAGUUACAUCUGCGCCAUCAACGGAAUGCGCAAAAAGUGUGCAACAGCGCAGUGGAUUGUAACAGCCGUGAUGGAAUAUCAGCAACAUCAGGACUAAUUUCUUCUCCACAGUCCUUCGAUAAGAAGGAGCAAAUAGCAUACCAGCCAUCACGUAUUUCGUUAUCACCGACAGAUGACGAUAAUGAUACGAGUGAAUCAGGAUCGUCGGUAGUGAAGUCGGAGAACACUGCGAAGGAGGAAAAGUUGUUUGAUGAGCCACGAAAACUGGCGUUAAAGGGCUGCUCUUCGUCUGAUAUCAGGGAGAAGGAUUUGCUUGAGGCUGGACCAUCUAGAACAGUGCUUGGUUGUUCUUAUGAUGCAAUUAGUCCGAAGAAAGAACCGGGGGCUCCUCCACUGCAGUCCUACUCGCAAACACCUAAAAUGCAUAUGG